AUGAAACGAAAUUUUUAUGUUGUAGUUAUUUUAUUAGCUACGAUCUCAAUGAUCAAUGCACAAAAUCCUCCUUUCUUUGAAUCAUGCAAUGCUAUUCCGCCAAUUCCAUCGGAUAUCAGAAUAACGACCGAACCUGAAAGCGUUGAUGAUUUGCUUAACUUGCCUCCUGAUUCUUCAAUAGUCAUUCAUGUUUCAGGAACGGCAAAGGAAGGAGAUAAUCUCUCUCAAUCCAUGGUUUCUGCUGUGUUUGUUAUGGAACAUAAUAAUGACGCAGCACCGCCUUUCCAUAAACGUUUUUGUGAUAUUUUGAUAAGCGAUCCUAAGUGUCCGCAAUUUGAAACAAACCACAAUUUCGAACUAAAUUUCACCAUAAAAGCACCACAAUCUAUACUUGGUACAGUUUUAGGUAUUAGUAUUGGCGACGAAACCACCCAAACUGCAAAAUACUGUGCAGUGACUCGUUCUUUUCAAAAUAAUUAA